CGUAGUACAGUGGUAGUAGACAAGAUCGACGAUUUUCUUUCAUUCAUUCCUGAAAAAUUACGAUCAGAAUCUCGAUCCUCAGAUAAAUCUUGAAUGAAAAACGGAGCAUUCAUAUUUGAUAAACGAAAAGAUGAAGAGUAUGCACCGCCAGCUCUCGAUGUUGAGGCUACGAAGCAAUGUGGCACCAACGAUCGCUUCGACGUCCUCCACGCGGUUGAGGAUCUUCGUCUCCGCAAGCACAAGAAGCGCCUCGUCUUCAACGACGUCAGACGAGUGCUCUGACACAACUGACGGCGAUCUUCAUGAAAAUAAGAAAUCUCCCGGAGUUGCCGAUGCCGGCAAACCCUCUGCGUAUCAGAUGGCUAUUCUGCGUGGUGACGUGGAGAAGGCUGCGGAAGAAGCGAUGAAGAGUCCACAGGGACUGCCAUUCGCUGCUAAUCAGUGCACACAGCGAGCACUCUUGUUGUACACGAGCGCUCGAGAGGAGCGGGAAGCCGCGAUCACGACAGCACAGACGGGACUACAUUUCCGCGAGCAGUUUGAACUGCUCUCGGAGCAGUGCCGCAAUGACAAGGAAGCCAUGAGAACUUUGCUGUUGCAGCCAACGCUGUGGGCACCCGUAUGCCAACAGGAGUUCGUGCGUCUGGACACUAGCCUGAAGCUAGCCCGUGCAGCUUGCUACAUGCGAGGAUACUGGAACAGUGAGGAACGAAAACUUGACGAUUCUAUGUCCGGUAACAAGAGUCAAGAUGAAGCGUGUCUACCUCCGAGUGCGAUGGAGUACCAAGUGAUCGGCAAAGCUGUUGUUGGACGGCUCCUGACUGGUCGCAUUGCCUCGGUUUUGCAGUGUUUUAUGGGUAUGCGACUAUCACAGCAAUUUCAUCCUAAGGUCUUCGACAUUCACGUCAGGGCAGCCCGAAAUUUCGAGGAAACAAUCGCACCGCCUGGUCCUAAAGGCCCGCUUGAUGCGGAAGGGUCUUCUGACGCUAGCCCUACGACGUCAUGGACAACAACUGACGCGGAAUUCGACAAGUGGAUGCGCGACCGUGAAGAAGGUGUUGCGAAGCAGCUGAAGCUUGUCUCAGAAUUGGUGGCUGAAAUCACGCUUCAAAUGCUGCCCAGGGAAGAAGGGAAAAUGCUUUUGCACGCAGCAAGAGAAUUCUUCAACAACGAAUGUCAAGAUCCUGAGACAGUGAAGCGUUGUCUAAAAACCUUUGAGAGCACAAAUGACAUGAUCUAGAGUCUGAAUCUGGAGGAAUUCCUGUCCUUCAUUGAAGCUCUUACAUUUUUUUUGCUCAUUUUUUUUUCGAUUUUAUUCGAGGAAAGAUUUUUCGUGUAUUAUAUUAUAGAGACCUUGAUACUUUGCAUCUUUUUGGGGAUACCAGCCUGGGCAUCUUCGCCAAGAUUUUGUUUCUCACCAAGAAAUUUCUAACCAAGUCCAAGAUUUUGUUUUCAUCUGAAAAGAAAGAAACGUUGC